CAAACCUCACCCACUCUCACACACAGUCACACCACAUGCUGCAGCACCGUUCGCUCAGGAUGGCCACUCACAGAAAAUGCCACAAAGCGUCAAAUGUAGCUUUCUUAAUCUGUCUUUUUGCUGCCUUAUUUCAAGCUGUGAUUUGUGAUGAUGUGUAUGACGUUUCGGACAGAAUCAUCCGUGGGGAUGGUGACCCACUCCUUCCAACAGCAAAGGUGCACAGCAAAGAAGAUCCCCAGAUCCAGAUUUUAAUUUUACCCACCAUGUCACCUGAUUCAGAGACGCCACAAACUGAGACCACUGAGCCAACUCAACCUGACACAAAGACCCCAGAUCAGACUGACCCAAACCCACCUGAAAAAAACAGUGUCACUUCUAAGGUCAAUGUGGUCUGCGUGGAUAAGAUACCGGUGCGAUACAAAUAUGAUGUGCUGCUGAAACUAAAGGCCUCCUCCACAUGUGAAGAGACUAAACUCAGGAUACAGAGUGUUCUAGAACAUCUCUGCGGUGAAGACUGCAAACUUGAAAUAUAUCAGGAAGACAACACGGAUGAGAUCAUUGUUUAUGGAGACAGCAUUGAAGCUGAUCCUGAAGGAAUGGCUGGGAAGUUCAACAACGACAACAUCACCGAUAAGGUGGAAGUAGAGGAGGCGGUGUCCCGAAUGGGCCAGCACUCUAAAAUUGUCCUGAUCUCUCUUCUGAUAACGGGUUUGCUUCUUGCUGCUUUGCUAAUUGCUGGAUACCUUCUAAAGACAAAUCGAGGACAAUCGAAAGGGCUACGACUGGCUGAGGACUCCUUUCAAGUGGAUCAAGAGAACCAAGGCAACACACUGCUGUCUGUGGCUCCUCUGCCUCAACAGGAGCCUUUGGACAAGCCUAUCAUCAAUGGAGAGUCUCCAGAAUCUCCCCCCACCAAUGGACACUCCGCCACCCAAACACAAGUGGCCGAUACUCCGAUGUAAGCGACUUUCGGAGUCAACAUCAAUCCAUUGACCAACGUGAAGAGUGAACAAACAUCAUGGGUUAUCAUGCACAACUGCAUUAGGUGUGAUAAUAAAAACUGUAACGGAGAUGAUGUUGAGAAAAACAGUGAUGAAAGUACGAGAAACUUAUGUGAAAAGACUGAUUGCUGGGCAGCCUUUUAGAUAAAAGAACCAAAUCGGUUCCAGUUGAGCCUGAAAUGUUAGCUGAUGAAUAACAAUUCAGAAACCACAUCAAUUAUACACAAACAUUUACACUUUCAAAUAUGUUUGGACUCCACCAGUGCAAAACUUCUCUUGAGAUCUUCCCUGCUUAAGGAAUUCGUAAGCUGCAUAUAAUGAAUAGGAUUUGUAUUAUACUGUACGUUUAGAUGAGCCAAAAUCUGAAGUAUGUACAGUAUUCAUACUAGAAAAGCAUUCUCAAGUCUACAACUGCUGCUCUACAUAGUGUUGGUGGUUACUAGCAUGUUGGUUAACAUUAAUGUGUUAGGUAUUACAAAAUAACAAUGAACAAUAC